CAGACUCCGAGGUCUUGCACCUUCGGACUUUCUGCCGACCUCCGGCCAUGGCAUGUAAGAAAUACUAUUUCGAUCAAGACUAUUACCAUGUAGGCUUCUAUGAGGAAGAAGUAACUGAACUCCAGAAAGUGAAGGCUGAGGCAGCAAGUGCUAGCCACACUGAAGGCAUCGUGGAGCUAGGCUACCUAAAUGCUGUGAUUGACCACAACUACAACUGUGAAGAUAAGGAUGGCACCCAUGGGAAGUCCUGUAAGCCUGUACAAGGAGGGCAAGACCCGGUUUUUAAGAAGCCAAGUAAAUAUUUCGGAAAGCAGUACAAGUUCACUCCUGAACAAAUAAUUGAAUUAGAUAGAGUUUUCAAAGAAACUCAGUAUCCUGACGCAGUCAAAAGGAAAGAGCUUGCAGAGAUCAUCAAUGUGGAGGAAUUCAAUGUGAUGGUUUGGUUCAGCAAUCAGAGAGCCAAAUUUAAGAAAAAUCAAAAGGCUAUCAUGCGCAAAAGCAUCAUUCCCCUUAAAGAGAACCUCUCCUCCCUGAAGAUUCUGAAGGAAACCCAGAGUGUCACCGUUCUUCAGGAGCCUCUUUUGGAUAAGAGUUUCUAUUACAAGCCACACGCUGGCCACCCAAAUUGGCAAUAA